AUGUCUCCUUCCAAAUUAUCAAAUGACGAAACUCCACCUGAUUUGGAUUUUCGAUUCACUGGUAUCAAACAACGGUUAAUUAAAUCCGAGAAUGUCAAACAAGUCACUGCUAGUUGGAAAAGAUUAUUAGUUGAAAUAAACAAAGAGUUUACAGAGAUUGCCAAAAUAGGACCCUCAUAUGUUCCGAAAUGUGAUUUUAUUGACAUCAAAGACAACAAGCUUCCACAGCAAGUUUCCGAAUUGUUCAAACAACGGGGAUGUUUAAUGAUUGAAAAUGUAAUUGAUGUUGAUCGAAUUGAUAUUUGGUUCAAUGAAUUGGUCGAGUUUUGUAAAACACACCCCGAAACAGCAGGAUACACUUUUCCUAAUCCAACAUCUUGGUACAAUGUUUUUUGGUCAAAGCCACAAACAGAAGCAAGGUUCCACCCUAAUAUGAAAGCCAUUUUCAAAGCCAUGAGUAAAGAGUUUUAUGUUGAAGAUAAAGAGAAUUGUUUAAUUGAUUUAGAUACACAGCUUGUUUAUGGGGACAGGAUUAGAAUCAGAGAGCCUGGAAAGGCAGCUGCUUUGCCAUUGCAUUUAGACUCUUCGUCAAUCGAAAGAUGGGAAGACAUCAUGUAUUCUGAAGUGUACAAAUCAAUUUUUGAAGGUGAUUGGGAGAAUUGGGAUGCAUUCAAAUUAGAUGAAAGAACUUACUCCAAAGAAAAUUUAUAUAAAGAUGAAGAUGAUACUGGUGGGAAAUCCACAAUAUGUUCUUCAUUUCGUACAUUGCAAGGUUGGUUGGCACUUUCCAACAAUAAGUCAGGUGAAGGUACUUUGAGAGUAUUACCCAGUUUGAAAUUAUCAAUGGCUUAUAUAAUGCUUAGACCAUUUUUUUGGAAAGACCCCGAGUCAGGGAACAUAGAUGAUUAUGAAAUUGAUUUGAUUACACCCAAGUUUCCUGGAACAGUGCCAGGAACUGGACAAUUGUUUCUUGAUAAGUUUUAUCCUCAUUUACAUCAAGGUAUUAUUUCUAUCCCAGAUGUUAAAAAGGGCUCAUUUGUGUUUUGGCAUUGUGAUCUCCCUCAUGAGGUUGAUCGAGAACACAAUGGAAAUGGACACUCUUCGGUGUUAUAUUAUGGCCAAACUCCAUUAAGUAUUACAAACAUUCAGACAUUGUUGGAUACUAGGGAUGCAUUUUUGAAAAAUAUUUCACCAGCUGAUUACAGAUCUCAAUUGAACGAGGAAGAAAAGCAAAAAGAAUUUCAAGGUGCCAAUAUCGAUGACUUGAAAAACGAUAUUGAUUCGAAAAGAUCGAUGGGGUUGGAAGAAUUUGAAAAACCAGAAAAUAUGAGCGGUGGUCAAGCAAAAAUUAGAAGUAUUGCAAAUCAAGCGUUAAAAAGUAGUGGCUUCAAUGUUGAUAAGUAUAUUCACCAUGCUGCUAAGUAG